AACCAGACGGUGGACGUAAUUUUUCACUGCGUCGAGUUAUUUUAAAAUUAUUUUAAAUAUAGUUAUUGCGAAGAAAAUAAAAUUAAAAUAAUAACAACGCAAUAUUUUAUAUACACAAAUAGUUUUUCCGAUACACGCAAUCGAAAAAGUAAAUAACGAAAAAUUAAAGUGAAAAUUCUUUUGUGUGUAGUGAGAAACAAACGAAAAGAAAGAAAAUUUUGUGUCAUUGAACGAGUGAAUGACUUUUGUGAGACUCCCGUGACGAAUGGAGUAGUAAAGAAGGAAGCCCCAAUACAGUACAUAAAAAAGCAAAUAACAAUAACUUAAGGAGUAGCACCGCAGCAGCAACACACAACAAAUUUGGAGGAAAUUUAUAGAUCGAUAUAAAUGCAUAUACAAAAGAAUUGCCUUGCCUUCCACCACCAAGAAAGAAAAUUUCAAAAAUUUCAAAAAUUUAUGAUCUAUAAUUUCAUUAAUAGACCUAAAUAUAACAAAUACUAAUCCAUACUAAAUGUGUUUGAAAAUUUGAAUGCGUUCCAAUUUAAAUAAAAAAUUAGGCUAAUUUUUUUUCAAUGUGCGUUCCAUAUACAUAUAUAGUGUAACAUUUAAAUUUUUCUGUACAUUUAAAUUUAUUAUGCUUAAUUCAUAUACAAACAUAUUCAUAUAAGUACUAAAAUUAUCGAAGAAAGAAAGAAAAAAAAUAUAUUUUGUAAAACGCGACGAUAAAAUAUAAAUUCAAUGUUGUGUGGUGCUCUGUGCGUGCUAAUUAAAAUGAAAAAAUAUAUAAUUCCAAAUAAGGAAUAAUCAAAAUCAAGUGACCCAAACUAAAAACCAUAAGGUCAAAACUCUUAGUGGAAGGCACUGCAACCGAUCAUCAUUACCAACCGAAAUAUCAUCAGCCAUUGAUUGCUAGUGUAGUGAAUAAUCCGAAGAAUAAUUAUAUGUGCUGUAAGGUGUACCAAUACUCCGCAGUGUGUUGUGUAUUUCAGUUUAAAACAAUUAUUACGUCCUUCUCUGCACAGAAAAAUCAAUAUUGAAAUCGCCAAAAAUGGCGCAUCACAUUUAUAGGAUGAUUUUAUGAUUUCUAUAGAAAUUAUUCUAAUAUGAAAAGAAACAUUAAAAAUUUCUCUUGAAAUUAUUAUCUGAACUAAUCAAAAAAAUAAAAACCAAAAUGGUUGAAAACGUGCAAUGUCCUGUUUGCACGUUGUUCCUGCAUGCAGGAAUGAAUCUCUCCGAUCACUUGGAAACACAUCCAAAAGAACAAGUGAUUAAAGCUUUGGUUCAAAUGACUAUAUUGGGAGGCAAUGGAGCAGCAAGUGGAGCUUUAGCAGCAGCUUUAGCUAAUGAGAAUAAAACAAAACCAGAAAAGGACGAACUUGUUGAUAAUGCCACUGACCUUAAUAUUGCAAGCAAUGCAGAUAUUAUGGCAACAAAACAAGAACCGGCAGUACCUGUACCACUGAGCACGCCCAAUGAUAGUCUUACUUUUGGUGAAAAUUUUUCCAUGACUAAUCCGUUGCCGCAAAAGAAAGCUGAAGAAAUAGAUAAUAAUCAAGUGCCAAAAGCGAAUACGGAUGCUGAACAAAGUUCCACUGAGAAACUCUUUGUAAACUAUAAUGACGCUAGUGCGAUAGAAGCUUACCAACGCAUUAGUAAAAGUACGAAUUCAAUGAAUUCGCAUGCACCAACAGAUUUCACUAGUUUCAGUAGUAAAAGGCAGCAACAGCAGCAGAAACAGCAGCAGCAACAGCAACAGAAUCAGCAGCAGGAGCAAUUACAGCAUUAUCAGCAGCAGCAAAAUAGUUCAACAAGUCAAUUACUUAAGGACCAACAAAUUACCACACAACAGCAUGCCAGUGUCUCCUUAACACCAAACUCUCAACAACAACAGCAGCAGCAACGAGCCGCACUUCCCCCACCGCCACCUCCGAUGCCAGAACAGCAUAUGUCAAAUUUAUCAUUAGGUUUUCAAACACUGCAACAAACACAACAGCACGCUUUGCUGACAACAACAACCACAACCCAUCGACAUCAUCAGCAUGUAAUGCAGCAUCAACAGCAACACCAACAAAAUCUAAAAAUUAUUUAUUCACCAAAUUUACCCCCUCCACCACCAUUGCAGCUGUUUCCUUAUUCAUCCACACUGCAACCUCAACACCACAAACCACCGCCUGCAUAUGGCACAGCAAUUAGUCAAAUACGAUCUCAACAUAACCAAAAUAAACAAAACAUUGCUAUGGCCUCUGCAGUAACAGCUUAUAAUCAAAUGCAACAACAGCACCAGCAGCAUCAACAACAGCAGCAACAACAACAAUAUCGUGGUAAUGCUGCUCAUAUGUCUCAAACACCGCAAACAGCAACAUCCAAUAAUAAAACAGCUGAAAAACAGAAACAAGAGCUUAGUAAAAACCCAAAAAACGAAAUGCCACCUACACAACCGCCGCCCUUAACUUUUGCAACAGCUGCUAUUUCCAAUCAACAAAAUUUAACUGCAGAAAAUUUAACACAACAUAGUCAACAGCAACAGCAACCAAGUAGCAAUCAUCAUUCGUCAGCGUUCGAGAAGCAUGAAUCCACUGCGCUUAGCUUUAAACUUUCUACACCACCUCUAUCAUCUCAACAAAGCAACACAUCUAAUACAAAUGCAUGUACUACAACUUCCACAACUGGAACGACCGCAACUAGGCAGACAAACUCCCCUUUCAUAUCAAUGCUAGGUGCUUCUGUUGCAUCGCCUUCAGUACUACGCUAUGCGGAGUCACCAGUAGCGCAUUAUUUGGAACGUGACAAUGGAGAUUUUAUCGUGCAAGAAACACCGAAGCAUAUUGUAGAGUGCGUUGAAAAAGAAAAUGGUGAAUUUUCAGUUAUAGAACGUAUAUAUCAAUCGCCACCAAGCGUUUUACAUAUACACGAUGAAGAUGAGGAUGAAGAUGAAGAUGAACACGACAGUAAUAAUGACAGUAAUAAGACACAAAACACGAAUAAAGAUAAGGUCAUUCCUAAAAAUAUAAGCCAUGAUGAUGAUGAUGACGAAGAAUUUAUGAGCAUAGCAAGUGAGAGUGAAGUGGAAGAAGACAUCGUUACGGUAGAGAAAACAAAAAAACGCAGGUCAGGGAAACAAUUAUCUAACCAAGCUGGUGAAACUAAGACAUUAUCGAAAGCGGAGUUGAAUUCUGGCUUAAACUCGACUGCUUCUAAUUCUAAUACCAGUACCAGCACGACAUCUUCAACAAAUGGAAGACGUAAGAAAAAUUCGAUAACCGUACUGAGUGAUGUGCAAUUAAAUUUAAAUGAAUAUUUGGAUUUAGUUGGAAACAUAAUAGCUUCUAGUAAUAAGAGUUCAAAACGUACAUUUGGUGCAACUACACCUAUGCCAAUUUUAAAAGUUGAGAAAGAGGAACCAUUGGACGAUGAUUACAUUAACAACGAUUUAAGUUUUCAAAAUAAUUUUAAAAAUAAGAUAAAUGCUUCAAUAUCUUUGUCAACAUUUAAUACAACAACAGUACCAGCAACAACAGCAGUACCAACAACCACAACAACAAUAACAACAAAAUCAAAACCACCUACAAAUGCCGAUAAAAAUGAGACUGAAAAAUUAGUUGAAAAUAAUAAUAAGACUAGCAUAAUUGAAAUCGACGAUAAUCCCACUAACAUAACACAAGCCACAGCAGAAAAUUUUUUCACUACAACAAAUCAAACGAAAAGCAGAGAUCCUAUUGCUAUAUGCUCCAGUCAUGCUACAAGUGUCAUACGCAUGGCAAGCGCCAAUCAACCAUUGCAAUCUUCACAAGAACCCACACAAUUACAGCAGAAACAAAUGCCAAUACCUAAAAAGUCUAAAAAAUAUGUUGCUGAAAUUCUUAUUACCAAAGAGAAUAAUAAUAUUAAAAAUGAGAUAGAAUCAGUAAAUCAAACACCAAGCAAGUCAGUAGAUGAUUCUAGAGCAUUUGCUGCAAAAAUUUUAGUACAUCCACCACCAUUAGCAAUACCACCACAAAAGAAGGGUCCAAAGAAGCUUGUAAUUAAACCAAAAUCUAUUAAGACUGAAGUAAAUGCCGAAGCCAAUCUUAAGUCAAAUAUCAAUAUACAUACCAGUGCCAGUGAUUUAAUUGUUAAUAAUGAAAACACUAAAAAAUCACCAACAGCUUCGGAUGAACAACCUACCACAUCUGCAAUGGCUAAACUAAUACUGCAUGAGCAAAAGCAAGUGCAGCAAGUGCAACAACAGCAACCUAAGCUGUUGGCUAUCAGUGAUACUUUGAUUUCAAAGGAAGCCAUCAAAAGUGAACCAACCGGAAAUAUGUGUGAUAGCAACAGUGGUAAUAUUUUGGAACAACAUUUGAUAUCGGAAACACAGAAUUUGGAACUGAAGAAAGAAAAAUCAUUUUCCACAGAUCAUAUUAGUUUAUGCAAUCCGCUACCGUUGACACAACAAGAACAUAUAAACCAUCAUGAAUCGCCACAAAAACCAAAACCAAAAACAAAUCGACGUGAUGCUGUUCUCUUGGCACAAUUUAAAGUUGAAAAAAGUAAUCACAGUGAUAGUGUUGGAUGUAUUAAUACACUCGAUGCAACAAGUGAAAAUGUGACCGCUGAUGCAAGGGUAUUGUUCGAAUUUGCGAAUUCAAAAAAAUUUUCAGGUAAACCCAAUAUAUCAACAAAUGCUGUUUCACCUAUAGGCACAAAUUUUCUAUCAUCCACUUCAAUAUUUUCGAAUAAUGCUACAAAUGGAAGUGCAACAGCUACGUCAUCAGCUUUAUCUAGUGCACCAAUAACAAUUUCCUCUGCGUCUAGUUUAUGUAGCAAUAAUUCGCUGUCAACGUCAUUACGCUGCGAAGACGAAUUUAUUGACGUUGUACAGGAAAUUGUCAUAUCCUCUUCGUAUUCAUCACAGUCAGCAUCUGAUGUUGCAUUAAACAAUACUGCCAGUGCUGGUGUAGCUUCAAAUGCACAACCGAACGAACAAUCUCAACAGAAUUCUCAACAUCAAGCAUUUAAUGAUUAUCCCUUUAGUUUUCUCUAUGGUAGUGGGAAUAUUAAUCAUGACGUCACAACAGCUGCAACUCGUGCUUCAGGUAGUAAUUCCAAUUUGGUAGAUGAUACAUCAUCUGAUCAUGCGACCAAUACACAUGACAGCCGUUUUAGUAAUCCUCACGGUAUGAUGUCACAGUGGUACAACCACCACUCGGCAUCAGCAGCAAAUCAUGAUUUCGAUACAGCUUUAGGUGUGGAUUGCAAUGUUGCGGUAGAUGGUGAUGUAGGCAAAUAUCUUGAUUUGGAUGCUUGUAAACGUGAGAAUUUGGUUAAUGUACAAGCUGCGCCCUCCUCAACCUCGUCUUCUUUUACUGCUGUCACUGAGAGCAGUUUGGCAGGCGGUUGCACUACAGAUGCUUUAAAUAUACGCACCGAUGAGAGAAUGCCUGCAAAAGGUGAAAUUUCAGAACAGGAAAGUAAUUGCGAUAUUGAGAACUCAUGGAGUCAGCCGGUUCAUAUGGAUCUUUCAUCACGUUGCUUUAAAUCGUCGUUUCCUGGACUGUUUCAACAAGAGAAUGGUUGGAAUCAUGAGGAAUACUUUACAGUGCAGGACUUAAGUACACCAAAUAAUAAUGCUGCAAAUUCAAUUAAUCGAACAGAAAACAAAUGUUUUGAUUUUCGACUACCACUGGAAGCAUCGUCAUCUACCACAGGUUUUAGUGGUAAUAAUGUUGGUAAUCACCAUCACAAUUCGCGACUAUUUCCGCAACAAACAGAUUUGUUACCUACAACGUCAUCAGCAAAUAAGAAGAAGCGCAAACGCGAUCCAAACGAAACGAAAAAGACAAUCAAACGAGUGCAGCCAACAGCGACAAUUACUUCACAACAAUUGUUCUUACAGCAACAAGGAGAACAUCAGCAUCAGCAUCAACACCAACAACAACAACAACCACACCAACAGCAAUCGCAACAACAAUUACAAUUGUUACAACAGCAUACACAACAAUUGCAACUUAAUGAAACAAAUGCAUUAGCAUUACUGGCUGGUCCAUCAACUGCUUCUGCAAUAUCAAUGCCUGUUUCGAUAGCUGGCACCACAUCAGCUAUGCGUCGUAAAAAAGUGUAUCAAUGUACACAUUGUAUGGCCGAAUUUCCUAAACUCAAAGAUCGAAAUUCGCACAUGAUAAUCGUGCACAAUUAUGUACGACAAAAUCGUCGUCUGAUCAGUACACAAACAAGUACAAUUACAUCAAUCGAUUUAGUAGCACCUAGCCAACAAACGAAUAUCAGUACCAAUAUGUCGAUGACUACACAAAAUAGCGAAUCCCUUGAAGAAUCAAAACAUGGUAUUGUUAAAAUUGAAAUGGAACAAGUACAAGAACAGCCACAUAUAUCAAUGACAAUCAGUGAAAGCAUGAAUAGCAUGAAUCCGAAAUCGGAAAGUGAAUUGAUUGAUUUCAAAGAAAAUUUGUCAAUAAUACAACCAGCUAAUGGUAAUCCAAGUACAAACGAUCGUAAUGCACGUGAUUUAAUCGACAAAAAGCCAGUAUUGCAGCCAUUAAGCAUGAAUACAACAUCUACUAAAUUGGCGGCACUAUAUCGUAUGUUAGUCUCUUUUAAUAUGUCCACGCUUAAGCAAAAUACAAAUUUAAGCGAAUUCGAGGAGAAACUAAUAUCAUCAUCGAUAUUCUUUUGUUAUGUUUGUCGUUCUAACUUUACUUCUGUCAAACAAUACGAUGCACAUCUCACUGAACAUCCAGCCGAGUGCUUUACGUGCGGUAAGAAAUUUCAACGUUGGAAAAAUUUCUCAUUGCAUCUCAAACGUCAUUUGGGUUGGAAGGAAUUCGGUUGUAAUAUUUGCGAUAAGAAAUUUGUUGUUCGUAGUGCUUUGGUUGAACAUAUGCGAAUGCAUACCGGGCACACACCCCUCAAAUGUAAAAUUUGUGGUAAAAAUUUCAAACGCUAUUCCAAUCUGACGCAGCAUCGUAAACGUCAUGGCAGAAUGACAAUGAGGAAAAAAGAAUAUGUGUGCCAUUGCGGUGAAGUGUUAGCAUCGAAAGCACGCUUCCUGUGGCACAAGGAAACACAUGAUGCCAAACCAAAAUGUUGUCCUUAUUGUUGUGAUCGCUUUGUGCAUGCAAACUCACUACGCAGGCAUAUACGUUUAGCGCAUUCCGAUAAAUUUGAUUAUGCCGAGCCAAUGGAGUGUCCCAUGUGCAAACAAAUUUUCGCUAAAUCAUCAAUUAAAGCACAUAUGGCAUCGCAUACCAUGGAUGUGCAACACAGUUGCCCAAUCUGUAAUAAAUCAUUCUCAACGAAAUGGAAUCUGAAGAUACAUUCAUGGGUGCAUGCAAAUCGUACCGCAAAGCCAUUCAAAUGCGAACACUGUCCUAAAGCAUUCGUACGGGAAGUUGAUUUUAAAAACCAUAUGAACGCACAUAAACAGAUCAAGCCAUACACUUGCGAAUACUGUGGCUGCAAAUUUAUUAGAAAGUACAAUUAUAUGCGACAUAGGCGUGAACAUCAUGGUAAUAAAAAAUUCACCUGUGAUCUUUGCAAAAAAUCUUUCCACCGGCACUAUUACCUAAUUGAGCAUCGACGUAUACACACUGGCGAACGGCCAUUUCAAUGCACGAUCUGUGGCAAAUGCUCCACAACAAAAACGAAUCAUAAUAAACACUUGAAGAUACAUCAUUCACGCGAUCCGUUCACGGUGGAAGUAUAAAUUGUCAACCAUUCUAGUGAACAUUAAAACAAAUGUUUAAUUUAAUUUAAUUUUUUUUUUCUUAUGACGUCGAA